UGAUUAGGAUAAUAUAGUUUUGGACUAAACUUUGAGAAACAAAAUGAGUGUAACUCCUAGAUUUAGUGGGUCGAUCAAUCCUCAUGUUGAAGAGCCUCAUGAGGUCGAGUCCAAGAGCCCUGCAUCUAAUUCUGUGUGGGCGGUAGAUCCUAAAUAUUAUGACUUAGCUGAGGUAAAGAAGGAAUCAAGACUUUGGAGAGCUGCUGAGAAAAAACAUCCAUGGUAUGAUGCUCCAGCUAAGGUGAAGGUGACAACAAAAAAGUGUCUUUGCCAUUUGAACAUAGAAUUCAAAUUGGGAUUGCCUCCUGAAGCAGUCUAUGAGAUGUUCACUAAUCCAAACAACUUUCCUUUCUUCAAAGAGGAUAAGGCCGGGCGCCAACGUUUGGAAAACAAAUCAACAAAGGUUUUGAAGAAGGAUGGACCAAGGCAGACCACGGAGGUGGAAAAAGCUUUGUCCUGGAACUUUCUUGGGUGUUCAGUAGAUAUCCCAAUACAUCUUAUAAUUCACGAAAACCAUAAGAAUCUAACAGCAAAAUAUACGACAAAGAAAAUGAUGUUAAUGAAAGUGUUCAAGGGUAGCUGGAAAGUUGAGCCAGAUUACGUAGAUCAGGAACGCUUGUGCAAGUCAAGGUCGCCAAAAAGUCGAGAAGAAUACAAAAUAUGUAGCGGUGGACAAGGAAAAGUUGGGUCAAAAGUUACAAUGGAGCAGAUUUUUGAGCCUUCUUCUCUUCUUAAUCGACCACCGGUUUCUUGGAUCAUUCGUGGGAUCACCAUCAGAACCACCAAGAUUCUGCUCGAAGAUCUUAGAAAAGCGGGUACCACUUUACGAGAAGUUUGAAAAGCCCCAAAAUCGAAAUAAACAAAACAAUAUAAAACUUAUCUCGGUAAACAGUUUAUUCAAAAGGGAAUUCUAAUAGGGGAAAAUAUAAAAUUCAUAAUUUUUUAGUACUACAAAACCAUAUCAAGUAUAUUUUUAGGUAUCUUGUUUAUGUGAAUAUUUUUGUUGUUUUUUUGGUAAAAAGGUUACCAUUAAACUAAUAAAAUAAACUGAACAAGCCUUUGGGACA